CAUAGAUUCAUCAAUUUAACAUGGCAACUAAAGGGAAAGAGAGAGCAGCGAUGUUCACGGCAACUGAGCAGCAAUUACUUCUCGAAUCUUACGAAGAAUUUAAACACAUGAUUACAAAAAAAGGAAAUACCGCAGCAAUUAAUAAAACGAGAGAAAAAGGCUGGCAGGAAAUUGCUGAUCGUCUCAAUGCCAGCAAAUUAAGUGAAGAAAAAAGAACAUGGCUGCAGGUGAAAAUAAAAUAUAAAAAUAUUGUUCAGAAUGCUGCCAAAAAGAAGAGUGAGGUUGCUGGCACUGGGGGAGGGCCACCAACAGCCAACUUUACUCCUGCAGAGGAGCUGGCAUUAGACAUGAAUAAAGGGAGGCCUGUCAUUGAGGGAAUAGAGGGGGGACCAGCAUCUGGAUCCAUUCCAUCCAGUAUAAGAGAUCACUACUUAAAAGAUUGCCAACCGUGGAUCUUUGACUCAAUCAAUGCAAAAUGGCUUCGGAUAAUACGCAACGUAGUUACUCCAUCAUACCUUGCUUCAUAUUUGUAGAGUUAGUCAUCAUGGCCGGGACAGUGCUUCUGAUGUACUACUUUGAAUGCACGGACAUAUUUGGGAUCCACAUCCAGGGCUUCUUCUGUAAUGAUGCUGACCUGAUGAAGCCCUACCCCGGGGCGGAGGAGAGCAGCUUCAUUCCUCCAAUCAUCCUGUACUGGGUGGUGGCAGCUGCGCCCACAGCCAUCAUAUUUGUUGGUGAGAUCUCAAUGUACAUCAUGAAGUCCACUAGAGAAGUUCUCAUAGCCCAGGAGAAAACCAUUGUGACGGGGGAAUGCUGCUAUCUGAAUCCUCUUUUCCGCAGAAUCAUCAGGUUUAUUGGUGUCUUUGCGUUUGGCCUGUUUGCCACUGACAUCUUUGUCAAUGCUGGUCAGGUAGUGACUGGCAGUCUGGCGCCAUAUUUCCUGAGUGUCUGCAAGCCAAAUUAUACAGGGAUGGACUGUCACGUAAACCACCAGUUCAUCACAAAUGGCAACAUCUGCACUGGGAACCAGAUGGUGGUGGAGAGAGCCAGGAGAUCCUUCCCAUCCAAAGACGCUUCGCUUGGUGUCUACUCGGCCAUCUUCAUCACUAUGUACAUCACGAGCACUAUCAAGACUAAAAGCAGUCGUCUGGCAAAGCCUGUGCUCUGUCUGGGGAUCCUGUAUGCUGCUUUCCUCACUGGUCUCAACCGGGUCUCUGAGUACCGCAACCACUGCUCAGACAUUAUUUCUGGAUUCAUGUUAGGAAGCUCUGUAGCUCUCUUUUUGGUAAUCUGUGUAGUGAACAACUUCAAAGGGACGCACUCCACUCCCACCAAACAAAAGCAGGAGGAAUAUCGCGGUCUUCCAUUGAUGACAUUCUCUCGUGUGGAGAGCCCCCUGGAGACCCUCAGUGCACAGGCCAGUGUUAUGCAGUGCUCUUGAUAUAGUUGACUGGUGCACAAUUAAUCCACUCCCAGCCACUGAACUAUAUAGCUCCUUCAAAGUGAGUGUUCGCCUCUCUGUGGUUUCUCUCACAAUUAUCCUUUUUGUUAGAGUGCUGAGUUUUGAGGGAUGGCCUUUUCUCGGCAGAGCCUGGGUGGUGUGGUGCAGCUUCCUGAGGAAGUCCUGAUUAUUGAUCCAGCGGUGCUCACUGGGAUAUCCAAACAUUUGGAUAUUAUUUGGUACCCUUUCUGUAAUCUAUGCAUUUUUAUUACUUAACUCUAACUUCUGUGGAAUGCUCUUUUCCUUCUGAUUCACAGCCUGCCCAAUGAUCCUUCAAAAAUGUUUUUUUUUUUUAUUAAGAAAAUGUGAUUGCAACUUUAAUGACUCACAGAUAUCACUUUACCAAUGGUAAAGUAAUUCUGUCCUCGUUAGGGCAAUUUCUUCAUUAAGUCCCCCCCCCCACAUAAAACCAAUGUCACCUAGCAAUAAUUGAUUUUGAGUUCCAGUGUUUUAAAAUAAAAUAUUUUAUUUUAAAAUAAAUGGAAUUUUAUUUUAAAAUAAAUGACAUUUAAUUGCACCAUUUGUAAUUCAAUAAUAUGAGAUAAUUGGUAAGGGGUUUGAAUAUUUUUGCAAGGCACUGUUUAUACACAGUGGAUAUAAAAAGUCUGCACACCCCUGUGAAAAAUUAAACAAAGAUAAAUAUUUUUAUUAUUUUUCUCUGAAAUGUGUCACUUUGGUUUUCAGUGGCAUUACAUAAGCUAUAAUUGUUACAUUAAAGGUGCAAAAAGUCUGAUAUUAUUUAUCUUUGUUUAAUUUUUUACAUCACAAAAUCCUGCUGUUUAAACAGGGGAGGGUAGACUUUUUAUAUUCACUGUAUAUACACUCUCAGCCAAAAGUUUGGAAUGAUGUACAGAAUGAUGUCUUUCUUAUGGAAAGAAAUUAGUACUUUUAUUCACAAAAGUGGCAUUCAACUGAUCACAAUGUAUAGUCAGAGCAUUAAUAACGUGAAAAAUUACUUUUACAAUUUGAAAAAAAACGUUCAGAACUUUUUCAUAGAGUUCUCAUCAAAAAAAUCAUCCACAUGCAGCAAUGACAGCUUUGCAGAUCCUUGGCAUUUUAGCUGUCAGUUUGUCCAGAUACAUUUCACCACAUACUUCCUGUAGCACUUGCCAUAGUUGUGGCUGUCUUUUCGGGCACUUUUCAAGCACCUAGAUCAUAGAUCCUAGAACUAGAUCAAGAAUGCCAAGGAUUUGCAGAGCUGUCAUUGAGGAUUUUUUGAUGAGAACUCUUUGAAGUAGUUAAUUUUUCACAUACAUAACUAUACAUUGUGAUCAGCUGAAUGCCACUUUGGUGAAUAAAAGUACCAAUUUCUUUCCAUAGCAGCAAAAUCUCUACAUUAUUCCAAACUUUUGGCUACCGUUCAGCCACAACAUUAAAACCAGCUGAUAAUAUUGUGUUGGUCCCACAAAAAUAGCACCAACCCGCAUAUCAGAAUAGCAUUCUGAGAUGCUAUUCUUCUCACCACAAUUGUACAGAGCAAUUUUCUUGAGAUACCGUAGGCUUUGUCAGUUCGAACCAAUCUGGCCAUUCUCUGUUGCCUCUCUAACAAGGCGUUUCCAUCUGCAGAACUGACACUCACUGGAUGUUUUUGUUCUUUACACAAUUCAGAGUAAAUUCUAGAGACUACUGUGUGUGAAAAUCUCUGGAGAUCAGCAGUUACAGAAAUACUCAAACCAGCCCGUCUGGCACCAUUCAGUGGGUGUGAGACACUAUGGCUUGAAGGCCUUUCCAGGUCUCCAUCUAACCAUUCAACGACCAGAUGGAUGAUCUGGGGGUGCUUCAGCAAGGAUGGAUUUGUGCAAAUUCGUCUCAAUGGGAAUGUGCAAGCCGCAUUUUGCCUGAUAGAUUUCCAGUGGCAAAGCAAUUUCUCUAAGCAAAUUUCAUGUUUAGUUUUACGUUUGUUGAACUUAAACAUGCAAGUUUGCUUUGCUGACUAUUGUUAACUUGCCAAAACCAUUUUUCCCACGCAUUUGGCACUUAGCAAGUGUUAAUUUUGGAUGCUCUGUAUAACAGUCUGUAUUUUUUGUGUGUUUUAGAACCAUUCGGUGUCCAUGACUGAAGUCACAUGACUAAGGGGACAACACCGCAUCAUGUUUGCUUCACCUCAACACUUCUAGGCACAAAGAGUUUUUGUACUGUGGCAUAAUGUAAAAAAAAUUAAAGACAGUAUUAUGUUGUAACUAGUUGUAACUAGAAGCAGCUGUUUUGUACAUUUUGUAUAAGAGAGUACUGUCCCUCAUAAUUUCAACACUGCUCAAUUCAUGUCAGGUUUAGACUUCUUUGUCAUGUUUUUCAUCACAAAGUGAAUAUAUACAGUCUAUAUAAUGUAAUUGUUGUUCUGUGGUAUUUGUACAAAUGUUUUAUUUAGAUUUCCUGUACAUUUUUGGACAUAGAUCAUUUUUGUAUUUUUUUUGUUAUCUGUAUAAAGCAUUUUGAUCAAUUUUGCCUGCUGAUUUUCCAGGAAUGUUUUUGGUAUACCUAUUUUUGGUGUAAGAUGUAAAAGAAAAUGUGGAAUUGUUACACGUUGUAUCUGAUUCUCCAUCUUUCAAUGGCCAUGUGCUCACCAUGAAAUACAUUGAAAUUGUUGAAUAACCUGUUAUUCCUGACUGUAUUCUGUUUCUUUUUUCUUUGAAGUUUGCAUUUCAUUUGAAAUGCUAAAUAUAUUUUCCUUGAGUAGUCUGUCAAAUAAAUAG